AUGGAGGACUCCAGCAUCAUUACUACUCUCAGUCGGACAUUUUUAAUUAAUAAAACCGAGACAGGACAACUUCAGUCGUCGUUAGCAAAUAUUACUAUGGUCAUUUCGAAUGGACUUCCGAGUUCGACUAGACCUGAAACAAUGCUUGAGAUCUUAAUGCUCUCCAUCUUUCCGCCAAUCUUUCUGCUCAUCGGACUUCCCGGCAAUCUGGUGAGUAUGGUUAUUUGGUUGCGUCGAGUUCCAGCCACACCCGGUUCAACCAGCCUCUUUUUGGGAGUCAUGUGCUUGACUGACACUUAUGUUCUAAUCCAAUGUGGCCUGCGUCAGUGGAUCCGUGGCCUUAGCCAUCUUCAAAUUGAUCUUCGUUUCCUACUUGGCUGCAAACUGCCUCUUUGGCUGUUCACAUUUGCCUCGGAUCUCUCAACUUGGAUCAUUAUCGUGCUCUGUGUAGAGCGGGCCAUUUGUGCUUGGGCGCCGAUACGAUCUCGCCAACUCUGUCGUCUGUGCAAUGGGGCAAUCGCAUUAACUGUUGUUGUACUUCUUCUUUUGGGCGUCAACAUGCAUUUUCUCUGGACAGCUCAGCGUGGUCAGGGCAACACAUGUCAAGAGAACGAGAGAUUCAGUGAGUUUCAUGCCUAUUGGCGCUAUAUAGACAUGGCCAUCUACUCGCUAAUCCCGUUGGUAUGGAUACUCUUUGCUAACGCAAGCAUAAUUUGUCGUCUACGCCGCACUCAGAGGCUGGUUCGAUGUCGUAUCCAAUCCGUCCCCACUGGUGUUGUCAAGGCAACUGGUGUCGGUGGAGGGGGUGCCAACAACUUCUCGAGCCUUGGAUCCCCGACAAGCAGUGCUGUAUUGAUGCAAAGUGAAUCUUCUCGAGCCCGCGAAGCUCGAUCCACUCGGAUACUGCGCACCGUUAUCUGUAUGGCUAUCAGCCACUUCGUAUUUACAACACCGAUAGUCAUCUUCUAUCUGGUCAACGACAGUGUCUGUCUGACGGCAGGGCAGGCUUGGCUGAGUCAGUGUGAUGCUGUGGAGGCAUUUUGCAUUCUGCUACAAAUCACCAACCAUUUGACGCAUUUCUUCAUCUAUUCCUUUACAUCGAGCAUUUUUAUUGCCGACCUAAGACUCAUGUGCCCUUGGUUCGCAUGUUUAGCCAGCAAGUCCGGGCAAAGCGGACACAGUUACUCGGCCAUUACUCAGACAGUUGGAAGUAAGGCAAAACUUUGCGUGAACAAACUAGAAACCAGCACUAAUGCUGACCUAGCCUACAGACCAAACAACGUCCUAAACAUUCCUCAGGAGAAGCCUUCACUUCAAGCAGAUGGUACCAGUGGCCAAAGCGUUUAUGCGACAGACAAGGUGCCAACGGCCGUCACAGUUACAUUUUCUACUGAGCCCAACCUUCAGAAAAAAACAUCUGAAAUAGAUAAUACUAAACUGGUCGUAGGUAAAGGCCGACGACGUCGAUUCCAGCAGAUCAGACACCUCCAUGGAUGGUACAGUGGUUUAGUAGCCGAUUCCUCGAGAGCUGACAGAACAAUCGCCUGCAGCAACUGUUGUCCAGGCAGGCGAAGAGAUGACCUUGUAAGCGAUGGGGUUGGCACGGUAGGUAGCUCGUUUAUGGCGAGUAAACAUACAAAUGACGACAAUGACCUCUCGCCCCAUGGGUCCCGAGUUACGGAGACGACCUCUGAAAUACACGCACCUCUUGUCUCAGAAGACAUUCAUCGGAGGUUGCCAAAUUUGCCUGACCUGGAUCUCAUGAGUCGGCCUUUGAUCCAGUCUACAGUUUGA